CAGCACCUGCUGAUGCCUGCACGCUCCUGAACUAAGCCAUGUCAUCGCCGGUUUCUCUGCUAUCUGAGCAGCUGUUCCAGUGUCCGGUAUGUCUGGAUAUUUUCACUCAGCCGGUCUCCCUCCCCUGUGGACACACCUUCUGCCUCUCCUGCAUCCAAACCCAGUGGAUAACAACCGGUUCCCCUCACUGCCCCAAAUGCUCAGCGGUCUUCCGCGCGCCGCCGGAACUUUGUGAGAACUCCUUUGCUGGUGAGAUGGUCCGGAAGAUUCGGGAGCAGAGGAGGAAAAUCCCAGCGUCGGCUUGUGAUCUGUGCCCUGCGGUGAAGCCGUCGCCUGCCGUAAAGUCCUGCUUGGUGUGUUUGAUGUCGUACUGCGAGGAGCAUGUUAUUUCUCACGCCGCGCGCUUCAGCAAGCACACGCUGGUGCAGCCUUGGCGCCCUCUGGAGGAGAGGAUUUGCAGGACGCACGAAAGGCCGCUGGAGCUCUUCUGUAGAUACGAUCAGACCUUUGUGUGUGUGUUGUGCAUGGAUACAGAACAUUACUCACAUCACGCCAUUACAGUGGAGAGAGAGUGGGCAGACAGGAAAACCAAACUGUUGAAAACCCAGUCAGAUAUCCAGCAGAUGAUUCAAGAGAGGAUGCAGAAGACCAAUGAAAUUAAACACUCUGUACAGAUACGAAGAGAAAACACAGACAGAGAGAUUGCAGCCAGUAAGGAGGUCUUCAGUGCUCUGGUGUGCUGCAUUGAGAGGAGCCAGACUGAGGUGCUGAAGGUGAUGGAAGAGAAGCAGAAAGCAGCAGAGAGGCAGGCCGAGGUGCUCAUCAGACAGCUGGAGAUGGAGGUCACGAAGCUAAAGGCUAAAGAGUCAGAGCUGAAACAGCUCACUUGCUCAGAGGACUACUUCCAUCUCCUACAGGUGGUUCCUUCUCUGAGUCUUGCUCCCUGUGUUAAUGACUGGAGUCAGACCACGAUUAGCACCAGGCAAGGCUUGGACCUGCUGAGAAGAGCUGUAUUGCAAUUAAAAGAAGUAUUGAAGACUCAAAUACAAAAUAUCACUGCCAGAGAGCUUGAGUCAGUCACUCAAUAUGCAGUGGAUUUGACCCUUGACCCCAGCACAGCAAACCCUUGGCUGGUGGUGUCACCAGAUGGGAAGCAUGUGAAAGAUGGGAACGUGGAGCAAGAUGUUCCCAACAUUCCCCAACGUUUCGACACGGCACCAUGUGUCCUCGCGCGAGAACCUCUCUCCGGGGGGUGCAGCUACUGGGAAGUGGAAGUGGCCAAUAAGACGGCUUGGGAUCUAGGAGUAGCCAAGGAAUCAGUCGGCAGAAAGGGCCUGGUCACUCUGAGCCCGCAGGAUGGCUAUUGGGCUAUUUGUCUGAGAAGGGGGCGGGAAUACCGAGCAUGUGACCGCGAAUCAGUGCUGCUCUCACUGUGUCCACAGCCACAGAGGAUUAGUGUGUUCGUGAAUUACGAGGAAGGCCAAGUGUCAUUUUAUGACCCAUUAUCUGGUGUGCAUAUCUACUCCUUUACAGGGCAGUGCUUCAGUGAAAAACUGCUGGCUUUUUUCAACCCUGACAUGAAUGAAUCAGGAAAUAACAAAGCUCCUCUGGUCAUACGAUCCGUUAGUCGCCAGGCCCCUACUGCUUAUGAUGGUGUAAUGAUAUGAAGCCUGGCUGUUUAUAUCUGUUUCAACAAAUGAGCUGUGUCGUA